UAAUCUCCGUGAUCGCAUCAUCGAGGUGGGGUGCGUGCGUGAUUGUGGAAACAGUAAAUGGCCGUGCAAGCCCAAUUCCCCUCCAAUCCCCCCCUCCUCCUCUCCCCCCAUUUCCGCCCCAGGGCUCGCGACGAUGUGUUGCUGGACGAGAUCCACAUGAUCCACGACCGCAGCCUCCUCCGCGCCCACGCCCACGCCCACGCCCAAUUUGACGCAGCUUACAACAACAACAACAGCGGCGGCGGCGGCGCAUGGGCGGAGGAGAACGAGCUCGUGACGCCGCCGCCCCAGAACGGCCCCGUCCCGAUCCAGGCUAGGGUUGUGGCUCCGGCGAUCGACGUCGGCGGCGGCGCAUCCACCAGCGGCAGGCCCGCGGGAGAAGAUGUGGUGUCGCAUCUGCAUCGGCAGAGCGCGGAGAUCGACGCCUUCGUCCGCCUCGAGAACGAGAAGCUGAGGUGGGGAUUGGAGGAGGCGCGGCGGAGGCACAGCCUGGCGCUGGCGUCGGCGGCGGAGCGGGGGAUGGAGCGGCGGCUGCGGGAGAAGGAGGCGGAGGUGGAGCGGGCGCGGCGGCGGAACGCGGAGCUGGAGGCGCGGGUGCGGGAGAUGGCGGCCGAGAACGAGGCCUGGUUCGGCCUCGCCCGCGCCCACGAGGCCACCGCCGCCUCCCUCCGCGCCUCCCUCGACCGCCUCCUCCUCCUCCCCCCCACCACCUGCAGCACCAAUCACCCCCCAUCCACCGCCGACGAGGACGAGGACGAGGACGAGGGCUUCGCCGACUCCUCCGCCGACCCUCUGCUCCCGCAGCCGCAGUGCUGCAAGGCGUGCGGGGACGGGGAGGCCUGCGUGCUGCUGCUGCCCUGCCGGCACCUCUGCGCUUGCGAGGGAUGCGCCGCCGAACUCGCCGCCUGCCCCGUCUGCCGCCACGUCAAGAACGCCUGCCUCCGCGUUCUCAGGUCAUAAUAAUAAUAAUAAUAAUAAUAAUAAUAAUAUCAUUUCCAGCCUUCCAGGUGUCGUUUUGCUGCUGCUGCUGCUCAUGCUGGCAGCACUCGUGAAAAAAAAUCGGUUUUAAUUUGGUUCUUCUAGAAAAGAAAAAAAAAAAAAAAAGAGUUUUGGUUUUGGGUGUUUCGGGUGUUUGUUUUGGGUAAAGAACUGAAGACUCGGUUCUUCUGAUCGAUGCGAUGAUGUGCGAUAGCGAACGAUUUGGGCGAAUCGGUGUUGAUGUGGUUGAGGGGGGGGCGCGGGGGUUGGGUUUAAUUAGUUGGCUCGCCGAGACCUGCCACUGGCCCAACCCAUGUGCCUUCAUUUUCACCACUUUGGUACCUACUAAUAAACAACCUCGCUUUCCUUUUUUCUUUU